GGGUAGAAAUCCUAUUAUAUUUUCUCCCGAACAGCUCCCUGAUAUUCAAUCCUUCUUGAAGUCCGAGGCAGAAUAUAACAAGGAAGAUAGCCCUACGAAAUCACUGCUGAAGGUGAAGUCUGUUGAUAAUCUUAACAACCAGAGCACUGUGGAGAACGGCAACAAUAUGGACAUCAUACAUUCGGUGGGUCUGGUGAGGAAAACUCCUGAAAAAGUGAUUAGUCACCAGAGUUAUUCGAGGGCAUACUCAUGGAAUAGACCAGGUGCCAAGGCGGCCAACAAACCGAUUACAACUGAGAAAAUACAGCCUGAUUCACAGACUAAUGACUAUGAGAUAGAAGAGACUUGGAAUGAUAUUAAAGAAGAACAAAUAGAUGAUGAUGCGACAUGGGACCAGUUGCCUGAGAUGACCUCUCCCAAAGAGCAGAUAAUGACCCAGUUCAGUCCAGUUGUGGAUAGAGCCCAGACCUGGAACCAAGUCAAUGAGGCCAAGUUGGAACUAGUGGCCUUCCAGAGGAGACUGUUGGAGGAACAACACAAGAAGAAUCUCGAGUACAUGAAGAAAGAACACGAUCUAAAGAUGACAUUGUUAAAGGCAGAAAUAGAUCUGAAACGUAAACAACUCAACAUAAUGCUGUAAAAUUUAGGGUUAAUAAUUUUUUUUGUUAGGGUUUAGUGAUUUAUUAAUGUUGAUCUCAGUGUAUAUACAUAUAAAUAUCAAACCUUAUUUUUAUUUAAUGUGUAUUAUUUAUUACUGUACAUACAUAAUUUUCAAAAGAAUAAAUCCAAAUCAGGAGUUUUUGUUGCAAUUAA